AUGCCAUCACGGCCACGCGCUCCAGGUUCCGCCGCCGAGAUGGGCGCCCAGGAAAUCCCUGCCCGGGGCGGCUCCCCUGCCCCUCCCGUCACCACCAAGCACGACGCGUCCGGCACUGGCGAAGCCCAAAGCGGCCCCGUCCGCUCCCCGGCCCCGGAAGGAAGCGACCGCCCGGUGGAGGAGGAGAACUCCCCCGCGGAAAUCCCUUGGUACGAUAAAAUUGAGAACAUAGAUGAGGACUACCGCCUGUACUUGAGUUGCAUACGCAUGGUGAAUGGCCACCAGAUGGUGGUCGUGCCGGAGGGCGGGCUGGACGCGAAGCUGGUUCCACGGAAGAAGGGUGGGGAGGAAGCGGCUUCCCGUGCUACUUCAGGGAAGAACGGCUGCGGCUUUGGGAAGAAGGAGGAAGGGAAGGGGAAGGUGGCGGCGAUCGCCACGGGUGGGCCUGCGCUGAAGUCUCCCGUGGGCGAUUCCGCUACGCAUCCGCAAAAGAUUCAGAAGGAGAGGAAGAAUGGAUGGAAAAAUGGUGCUAAGAAGAUGAAGGUGGCGGAGAAAGAAGAGAACCCGUCGGCAGAGCCGCAUCUGGAAACACUCAGCACUGCGUGGGGGAAGGGGAAUGUGGAGCCGAAGCUGCCUAUGGAAACACUGAAUACUAUGAAGAGGAAAAGGAAAUCAAGUGAUGUCCAAAAUGCUGAGUCUCGCACUGCUUCAGGGAAGGGGAAUGUGGAGCCGAAGCUGCCUAUGGAAACACUGAAUACUGUGAAGAGGAAAAGGAAAUCAAGUGAUGUCCAAAAUGCGGAGUCUCGCACUGCUUCGAAAGGGAAGGACAAGGUACCGACGAUCAUCACGGGUGAGUCUGCGCCGAAGUCUCGUGUGCGCGAUUCCACUACACAUCCGCAACAGGGUCAGAAGGAGAAGAAUGGAGGCAAAAAUGGUGCUAAGAUGAUGAAGGUGGUGGAGGAAGCAGAAGGGAUUGCGUUGAAGGAGCUGCCUAUGGAAACACUGAAUAUUGUGAAGAGAAAAAGGAAAUCAAGUGAUGUACAAAAUGCCGAUUCCCACACUGCUUCAACUGACAACAGAAAGCCACAACUUCGGAGAUCUGCUCGACUUAUGCUCAGUCCGCCUGAAAAUGAUCAUAAGUAG